AGCAAAGCCGUCGCAGCUGGCUUUGGGGUAAUGCUGGCCUCCUUAGUUAUGCUGAGCGAUGCAGCCCUCCUGGGGUCAUUCGGAACGCCCGGGAGAGUGGCCACUCCCGCCCCUGAGGGGGAAGGGUGGCCGGUUUCCAAGACCGGCUUGGUCAGGUGACAGCGGCGCGGCAUACUCAGCAGCAGAAACGGAAGAACAGCGCUCGCGAGGCCGCGGGAGCCUGCAGAGAGGACAGCCGGCCUGUGCGGGAACAUGAGGCCCCGGAAGCUCCGCGGGCUCGCGCUCCCGCUGCUGCUGUUGCUGCUGCUGCAGCCGCCGCCGAGCCCUGCCCACAGCUCCACGCGCUUCGACCCCACCUGGGAGUCCCUGGACGCCCGCCAGCUGCCCGCGUGGUUUGACCAGGCCAAGUUCGGCAUCUUCAUCCACUGGGGCGUGUUUUCCGUACCCAGCUUCGGUAGCGAGUGGUUCUGGUGGUAUUGGCAAAAGGAAAAGAUACCGAAGUAUGUGGAAUUUAUGAAAGAUAAUUACCCUCCUAGUUUCAAAUAUGAAGAUUUUGGACCACUAUUUACAGCAAAAUUUUUUAAUGCCAACCAGUGGGCAGAUAUUUUUCAGGCCUCUGGUGCCAAAUACAUUGUCUUAACUUCCAAACAUCAUGAAGGUUUUACCUUGUGGGGUUCAGAGUAUUCAUGGAACUGGAAUGCCAUAGAUGAGGGGCCCAAGAGGGACAUUGUCAAGGAACUUGAGGUAGCCAUUAGGAACAGAACUGACCUGCGUUUUGGACUGUACUAUUCCCUUUUUGAAUGGUUUCAUCCGCUCUUCCUUGAGGAUGAAUCCAGUUCAUUCCAUAAGCGGCAAUUUCCAGUUUCUAAGACAUUGCCAGAGCUCUACGAGUUAGUGAACAACUAUCAGCCUGAGGUUCUGUGGUCGGAUGGUGAUGGAGGAGCGCCAGAUCAAUACUGGAACAGCACAGGCUUCUUGGCCUGGCUAUAUAAUGAAAGCCCAGUUCGGGACACAGUAGUCACCAAUGAUCGUUGGGGAGCUGGUAGCAUCUGUAAGCACGGUGGCUUCUAUACCUGCAGUGAUCGUUAUAACCCAGGACAUCUUUUGCCACAUAAAUGGGAAAACUGCAUGACAAUAGACAAACUGUCCUGGGGCUAUAGGAGGGAAGCUGGAAUCUCUGACUAUCUUACAAUUGGAGAAUUAGUGAAGCAACUUGUAGCAACAGUUUCAUGUGGAGGAAAUCUUUUGAUGAAUAUUGGGCCCACACUAGAUGGCACCAUUUCUGUAGUUUUUGAGGAGAGACUGAGGCAAAUGGGGUCCUGGCUAAAAGUCAAUGGAGAAGCUAUUUAUGAAACCCAUACCUGGCGAUCCCAGAAUGACACUGUCACCCCAGAUGUGUGGUACACAUUCAAGCCUAAAGAAAAAUUGGUAUAUGCCAUUUUUCUUAAAUGGCCCACAUCAGGACAGCUGUUCCUUGGCCAGCCCAAAGCUAUUCUGGGGGCAACAGAGGUGAAACUACUGGGCCAUGGACAGCCACUUAACUGGAUUUCUUUGGAGCAAAAUGGCAUUAUGGUAGAACUGCCACAGCUAACCAUUCGUCAGAUGCCAUGUAAAUGGGGCUGGGCUCUAGCACUAACUAAUGUGAUCUAAAGUGCAGCAGAGUGGCUGAUGCUGCAAGUUAUGUCUAAGACUAGGAACUAUCGGGUGUCUAUAAUUAUAGCACAUGGAGAAAGCAAAUGUAAAAUUGGAUAAGAAAAUUAUUUCGGCAAUUCAGCUCUUUCCCGUUUUCCCACUAAAUUUUUUCUUAAAUUACCAUUUUAACUCUCCAGUGCACUUUGCCAUUAAAGUCUCUUCACAUUGAUUUGUUUCCA